CUGCUAUAAAAAGUUUGAAACAUGUUUAAGUGUAUUUUAUCCAUUUUCUUACUUUAAAGAAAAAUGCAAGUUAACAUAUUUUUGUUAAACUGAAGUUUCUUGUACAUACAAAUUAUUCAAAAGAAUCUGAGUGAUCUCUUAUUUGCUUCGAGUGUCCUGUGAUCAGAGGCACAGUAGGGGUAUGGAUACCCUGGCAAAUUCAUGGGGGGAGGCAAAUUACAGGGGCCCUUGAACACUUAACAUUCUGCGUAAAAUUGGGCAGUUGGGCCCAAGGUAAAAAUUUGUCAGGAGACCUAAAAUUUUUGACUAUGAUGCAGAGCAUAGAGGUUUGCUGUGGGCUGCAUUUACCAACACGGACAUAUUCACACAUUAACAGAAGAAUCGUAGACUCACCGAAAACAUUAAAUAUUUAAGGUAUUUGGAUAUUGUGAUGAAAUAAAAGUGUCUUGCAGAAACUCUGUGAACAUUGGGAGAAUGAGCAAACUUCACACACACUGAAAUUCUUGUUAAAUUGUAAGUAAUUAUCAUGAAAAUAAUUACUAAUAGUAUGACUGAGUUAGCCUAUUUUCUAUAGGCAACAAAACACCCACUUUCUGUUUAAUGUGAAAUUUACAUGCUUGUAUACAUGUUUCCCUGUGGCUCUUAAAAUUGCAUAGACAUCCAGCAUUUCUUUUCUACAUAUCUGUGCCCCGACCCCAUGUACAGACGUCACAAAAAUGCUCCCUGGAGCACUGAAGCGCGCUGAUCGCUAAGCCGUGACUCUCACAUGAUGCUGUGACUUUAGCUCUAGGCCCGGGUCUGGGUGCUGUUCCCGGACCUCACGGGACACGGCGUCUCUCACUCGCUCGUUUCUCUCUCACACGGUGCUGGGUUUGGCGCUUGCGAGCACGGCUUUGCCCUGAUAGCUGGAGAACAUGAGACUGUUUUUGAAGUUUCCUUUUCCCUGGGUGAGGAGGGACAGCACACAGGACAAUGAGACGAGGCCACUCUUACCCAAGGGUGACCGGGAUCUGGGGACAGCAGCCGUCUCUGAAAGUGAAGAUUCCCAGAAGGCUCUGGAUGGGAAGCCCUCCCCCGCAGACAAGGGAGGUCGAAGCAGUGGGUUCUCAGAGAUACGGAAGGGGCUGCCAUCGCAGACGACCUUUAGCUUGAGCGCCUUUGUGCUGAAGUACCUCCUCUUCCUUAGCAACCUGGUCUUCUGCGUCCUGGGCCUGGUCACCUUGGCCCUGGGCAUGUGGGGGCUGGUAGACAAGGAGUCAUUUGCCCAGGAGAGGAUUGGCCACAUCGGCACGGAUCCCAUGCUGCUGUUUGUGUGCCUGGGCCUGGCAUUGUUCCUGCUGUGCCUGUCCGGCUGCUUGGGCUCCCUGCGGGAAAACGUCUGCCUGCUGCGGGCUUUCAGUGCCGGGCUGCUGGCAAUGCUGAGCUCACAGGUUCUGGCCGCUAUCGUGGCCUACAGCCUUCAGGGCCAGAUCGAGGGCUCCCUGCGCGCCGGCAUGCUCACGGCCAUGGCUCGCUACCAAGAUGACCUGGACCUGCGCUUCAUCGUGGAUGAAAUCCAGACGGGUUUGCAGUGCUGCGGAGCUGACAGCUACCAGGACUGGGAGGUCAACAUUUACUAUAACUGCUCGGCCCCGGGCGCGCAGGCCUGUGGGGUGCCCGCCUCCUGCUGUGUGGACCCCCUUGAGAACGGCACGGUGGGGAACUCGCAGUGCGGGUUCGGGGCACGCCACCUGGAUGAGUUCUCCGUCCACAGUGUGGUCUUCCUGGGCGGCUGCCUCGGGGCCGUGGCCCGCUGGGUGGAGAGGCACUCGGGGGCCAUGUGGACGGUGGCGAUCAUUAGCCUGGGCAUCCAGGUGCUGGUCCUGUUCGCUUCAGGCCGUCUGCUGGAGGACAUACGGAGGAAUAAGGUGGCCUGGCAGAGAGGAUCUGCAUGAGCUCCCAGCCUUGGAGAUGCACUGGAGGGGCCCUCAUAUCCCUCAGAGGCAUCCUGCCAAAGUGGGGAGGACUGGGAGGAGCCAUCUUCUCUUUUCCCAUGAACCAGCACCUUGACGGCUGUCCUGGAAGCUCUGCAGAACUUGAGGCACAUUAUGCUGAACAAGGUAGUUUGUGGUCCAGCGUAUGUUAGCCCUGUUGGUAGCUGUCUGCCCUUAUAUCUAAUAAAAAAAGGUCUGCUGUGCUCUCACCUGCCGAAUAGCAGCUUCCCUCUCAUGGUAUGAACUCGCCUCUAGGUUGCAGGGCGAUCCCUGAUUGGAUCCUGCCAUCCAAUGGUACCCGUUGCUAAGCAAGAAAAUUGUUAACAUUCAUCUCCAAACUCACACAUUCUUAAUCACUCCUAGAAAGGAUUCAUACUCUUUUCAUUGAACAGUAUGCACUUUAAGUGAAGGUUUCUCCAUAAUUUUGUAGUUUAAGAUUGUAGAAAUAUUUAAAGCUGUAUUUAAGAUUGUAAAAACUGAACUGGGUUACGUGUAAGGAAAUAUUUUGGACUAGCACUGGCCUUGGGCUUAAUGAUUACCUCCUUCCUUGUUGUCAUGGUGACAUGUUUUUAUUGGGUUGUAUGAGGUUAUUGUGCCACCCCCCCCCUAAUGCCAUGGGCAUGUCACCACUCUGACAGACUGGCUGAGUCAUCAGACCUCUGCCAAAAUGUACGACCUUCAUAUUAGCCCUCCUGUUUAUAACUGAAUAUAUUGUGUUCAA